UCUCAGGUUUGACUACAGGGAGAUGCUUCACAACUCCACCUUCUGCCUGGUGCCCCGAGGCCGCCGGCUGGGCUCCUUCCGCUUCCUGGAGGCUCUGCAGGCCGCCUGCAUCCCUGUCGUGCUCAGUAACGGCUGGGAGCUGCCCUUCUCCGAGGUCAUCGACUGGAGCAGCGGCGCCAUCAUCGGGGACGAGCGGCUGCUGCUGCAGAUCCCGUCCAUCGUUCGAUCUGUCCACCGGGACAAAAUCCUGUCCCUGCGGCAGCAGACACAGUUCCUCUGGGAAGCGUACUUUUCAUCUGUGGAGAAGAUCGUGCUGACGACGCUGGAGGUAGGCAGGCCGUCUCUGUGCGAGACCACUGGCCGUUUCUCUACUCAAACUGUCGACACGACGCUAUGAGAAGAUAAAAGCUUUUAUAGACAAUACUGA